AUGGCAUCCCGAUUGUUGUGGGCUUCUUCUAGAGUGGCUUCUCGUCUCAGGAUCUCCGUUUCUCAACGAAGCUUCUCUUCUGUCUACGUAGAGUUGCCUGAUGUUGGACGUUCUGUCUCUCAGGGUGAGAGUUUUGGAGCUGUCGAAAGCGUUAAAGCAACGAGUGAUAUCAAUUCACCAAUCUCCGGCAAGGUCCUUCAAGUCAACAACGACCUAACCGAGUCCCCUGCUUUGGUGAAUUCAAGCCCGUAUGAAGAAGGAUGGAUCAUUAAAGUGGAGCUUACUGAUGCAGGGGAAGUGGAGAAGCUGAUGGAUUCAGACAAGUACUCCAAGUUCUGCCAAGAAGAAGAUGCUAAGCACUGA